AUAUUUAAUAUUCUUCUCCCCAAAGCCCCAACUCGCAACAAACAAUACUCAUCUCCAGCUCAAAGUCUCCCCUUCUCAUUUCAAUUAUUCACCAGAUAGAUCCGAUUGUAUGUUCGGGUCGACCCGAUCGGAUCCCUAAUUUAAGUCAUGGAUAGAUUCAUCGCUGGCAAGUACAAGCUCGGUCGCAAGAUCGGUAGCGGAUCAUUCGGUGAAAUUCAUCUCGCUACUCACAUCGAUACUGGCGAGGUCGUUGCGGUGAAGAUCGAGAAUAACAAGACAAAGCAUCCGCAACUUCUAUAUGAGGCUAAAUUAUAUAAUAUUCUUCAGGGAGGCAGUGGUAUACCUGGCACAAAAUGGUCCGGGGUAGAUGGGGAAGAUAAUGUGCUUGUCCUUGAUUUGCUUGGGCCAAGUCUUGAAGAUUUGUUUGUUUAUUGCGGGAGAAAGUUCUCCUUGAAGACAGUCUUAAUGCUGGCUGAUCAAAUGAUUACAAGGAUAGAAUUUGUUCACUCGAAAGGGUUCCUCCAUCGGGAUAUUAAGCCGGACAACUUUCUCAUGGGUCUCGGCCGAAAGGCAAAUCAGGUUUAUAUUAUUGACUUUGGGCUUGCGAAAAGAUAUCGAGAUUCAUCAACAAACCGACAUAUUCCUUACAGGGAGAACAAGAAUCUAACUGGUACUGCACGCUAUGCGAGUUGUAAUACUCAUCUCGGAAUUGAGCAAAGCCGGCGGGAUGAUCUCGAGUCUCUUGGAUAUGUACUAUUAUACUUUUUGAGAGGAAGUCUUCCAUGGCAGGGUCUAAAAGCUGCCACAAAGAAACAAAAGUAUGACAAGAUAUGUGAAAAGAAGCUAUCAACUCCUAUAGAGGUUUUAUGCAAGUCUCAUCCAGUGGAGUUUGCUUCAUAUUUCCAUUACUGUCAUUCCUUGACAUUUGAUCAACGUCCAGACUAUGGAUUUUUGAAGCGACUAUUUCGCGAAUUGUUCACUCGUGAAGGGUGUGAAUUUGACUACAUAUUUGAUUGGACCAUUCUCAAGUACCAGCAAGCACAAAAGAAUAAACCUCAGACACGGCCACUUCCUGGAGAGAACAGCAGUCGAGCAAUGGCAAUAGAUUCUGCCAAAUAUCAAGUGUCAGCAGGGAAUGCUAUAUAUCCUGCGGAAUCAGCCGAUCGAAUGAAGUCCAAUACUGCUGCUAGUCCUGGCAUCCGCAUGCAAUUCAGAUCACCACCACCUAGCAGAAAUAUGGUUUCUGAAAAUCCUCUUGAUAAUUCUACUGCUGCAAUUGGGCCAUCUACUUCGUAUUCCCUUGCUGGUGUCUCAAAGAGAACUGUCCCAAAGCCUGUGGUGCCUGCUGAAACUACCAAGCAGGGCCAGGGUGAUCAUGCUGCUACUUCAGGCAGCUGGAUGUCAUCCUUUCGUCGUAUUUCGUCUACAAAAUGAUUUACAUGCCUCCAUGAUUCAGAAGUUGUUAAUUGAUGUUCAAGCAAGCCAUAUAUUUGAAGCUCUUGUUCUUAAUUUAGUAUGCGGCCUCAAUUUUGGUAUUGUAUACAGGGUUUCAGGGUUAAUACACAAGAUAAAAUGUUUGAUCUUUGAAGCAACAUCAAAGUUUUUCGGAUUAAGAUUAGUUUAUCACCUAAAAACAACCAAACUGUGACAUGAAUAGAAAUUGCAUAACGACUUUUCUGUGAAAGCUGGGCUUCGACAUUCACCAUAAGGUGAUGAUACAUGUUGGCUGAUCUCGAAUGCUAGUCAGGCCUUGUUCCUAUGCUGUACAUAGAUGCAAAGGAACUAUCUUUCGGCUUGUGUUUGUUGAUAGUCCCCUGUGAGACAAGUGUAGACCUUUUUUGUAUCAAGAUUAUACAGCCCUGUGCAUAUGGUGGUUUGAGUAUUAUAUUUUUCUGGUGUUCGGUUUAUUGUACUGUAACCUACUUUACCCAAGUCUGUGUGGAAAGGUCAUGUUUAAGUGCAAAUAUAUGAAUUUUGGUUACAGAAACCUUCAAGUUGAUCCUUCGUUAAUAUCUUUGUUUUAUA